UAAUCAUGAGGAUCCUCGGCAAUCCUCCACCUCUCCUGGAGAACUGAACACCACAAUUAGCCUCACCCGUGUGUUACGGGAGACAAAAACAAUUGUUGGGGAAAUAAACCCAUAUGAAAUCCUAAGUUUCUGUCAUGAUGGGAGAGGAGAUCUUUUUCAAGAAAUAACACAGCUGAUCUGCUCCCGGGUCGUCCUGGGUUCUUCUUGCUGUGUUUUUUUUUCGUUGCUGUGGGAUGGAUCACAGGCUGAGCUGACUCUCCCGUCCCGUUGGACCAGCCAGAGGAGACUGUGACAGCGAAGAGACCGCGAGGCUCUAGAUUAUCAGUCGACUGUCUACUUCUCAGACAAGGACAAAUCUACGGUUGAAUAAUGGCGUUGGGGUUGGUCAAGUUUGACCUGAAGAAGCGAGUGAAGCUCGCUCAGACGGUCUGGUUCAUGUACUGGUUUGCCGUAAUGGCCGGCGUGCUGGUCCUAAGCAUGGGCCUGUUUUUUAAGAUCGAGCUGCGGAAGCGCUCAGAACUUAUGGACAACAACGAGAGCCACUUCUUGCCCAACCUGCUCAUAUUUAUGGGCCUGGUGGCCUGCGGCAUCAACGGCUUCGGAGGCAAAGUCUGCUACGACUCACUGGACCCUACUAAGUUUCUAAAGUGGAAGCCCAUGUUGAAGGGCUUUUUGUUGUUCUGCAUGGGGUUCAACGCCCUUCUGAUGGUGACGGCCCUGCUGUGCUUCUUGAUGAGGAUCCCCCUGCAGUUCACCCUGGCUGAGGGGCUGAAGAACGGCAUGAGGUACUACAAGGACACGGACACGCCGGGACGCUGCUACAUGAAGAGGACCCUGGACCUGAUGCAGAUAGAGUUUCGUUGCUGCGGAAACGAAAACUACAGAGAUUGGUUUGAGAUUCAGUGGGUUAGCAACCGCUACCUGGACUUCAGCUCUAAGGAAGUCAAAGACCGCAUCGGGAGCAACGUGGACGGCCAGUAUCUGAUGGACGGAGUCCCCUUCAGCUGCUGUAACCCCAGCUCCCCCAGACCCUGCAUCCAGCACCAGAUGACCAACAACUCUGCGUACUACAGCUACGACCACUACACCGAGGAGCUCAACGUGUGGAAGCGCGGCUGCCGCUCCGCCAUGGUGUCCUACUACGGGGGCUUGAUGAACACCAUCGGAGUCCUGGUCAUGCUGGUCACUCUGCUGGAGGUUGCCGUGACCAUCGGCCUGCAGUACAUCGACAGCUCUCUGUCAACGCUGGUCAACCCGGAGGACCCGGAGAGCGAGAGCGAGGGCUGGAUCCUGGAGAAGACGGUGAAGGAGACGUUCACCGACAUCAUGGACAAGAUGAAGUCCAUGGGUAAAGGCACCAAGGUGGAAGAGGGGGAGGAGGCGGGUGUCGCCACGGUGAGCUGAGCUAAACCCUCCCCCUCCAUCCCCCGGCAAAAAACUGACAGCGCUCCCACCUGAAGAGCACGGGAAGAGGGACGUGUGAGAUCACUACAUUUUUCUACCAACCUUUAUGUAGACACUAACACACAACGCAUGAAUGGACUCCUUUCAAAUGGACUCCUUGCAUGCAUAAUUAUAAGUUGUAUAUUAACACAUAGCGAGAUGUAAUGUGUAGGGUAAGUUAAGCUAUGGUCAUUAUGGUUUUUCUCCAACCUAUCAAAUUCCUCUCAUCUUUGCUUCACAGCAUACUUUUAAAGAGAUUUACGGUUUUGGUUUCCAACACUCGGUUUGGAUCAUUUAAAAAAAGUGAUGAGUCAAGUAAAUGUUGAUAUGUGUGGAUAAAUGUCAGAUGCUUUGCAAUCAAAAGUAAACGUGUAACCUUUUUGUUGGUAUUGUUGUUGGAUAGUUUGGCGGGGAUGGUGGUUGCUAUGCAACCCCCCCUCUCAUGGAAGCCAGAGGUGCAGAUGGAAGAUACUUACAGCACAAAAAAAUGAUCCAUAGUAAUUUGGCUUGUAGCUGAUACGGUUCAUAGACCAUGAAAACAAAUGAAAGCCUCCAUGCAGCUCUUUUUAUACUCCAGUCCACCCUCUGUCCCCAAUGAGGACUGGAUAGGCUCCUGAGAUGGAGUAAAGAUAUGAAUUGAAUAAAUCAGCUGAAAUAAUGCUUGAAUGUUGUGGCACAGGGUGGAAGCGUGACGCAUGGGGGCGUGGAUUUGAGCCCUGUAGGAAAGAACCAGUGCGAAUCUGUGGUGGACGACUGAAAUUGGCAGCUAAGUCUUGGCUUCUGUCCCCUGUACUGUAAUCUCAGAUCCUCUUUAAGUUGUUCCCUGUGCAUUCAGUAUCUGUAUAUUGACACACAUGUAUGUAUAUUCUAACACUGGAUUACUGUCUUUGUAAAUAGUGUAGAAAGGAUGACAAAUUCUUUUUUUUUUAAAGAAAUAUAAUGUAAUUAAGCAAAAUAUUUUAUUUUAACUCCAUGUUUUUUUUUGCAAUUUUAUUUCUUGGCUUUGUAUGUAGAGGAAGAAAUUAUGCUGAUGUAAAAAACAAAUAAAGAAUGUUAGAGAUA